CACUGACAGAGUGACAGACAACACAAAUAUUGACAAGAAAAAGGUGAACCGAGAGUUUUCAAGUUUUUGACCAGUAUCUUUAAUCAACUAUUAACAAAAUGGCACAUUACAAGGGAGCUGCCAGUGAGGCUGGUAGGGCCAUGCAGCUUAUGAAGAAAAGAGAAAAGGAAAUGCAAGAUUUAGAAAUAAGAAAGAAGAGAAUUGAAGAAGAUCUGAGGCUUAACAAUAUUGAAAAUAAAUUUGCAACCCAUUACGAUGCAGUUGAACAGCAACUUAAGAGUUCAACUAUUGGUUUGGUCACCCUGGAUGAGAUGAAGGCAAAACAAGAGAAUAUUGUAAAGGAAAGAGAGAAAAAGUUGGCUCAAAAACAAGCGGAGAAGGAGAGGGAGAAACAAAGACAAUUGGAGGCUAAACAGGCAGAGAAAAAUAAACAGAAGAAACAGAUACAAGCACUGUCAUUUAAUUUGGAUGAAGAUGAAGACAGCGCAGAGGAAAAUGAAGAUAUUAGUAACGAACCUCAGAUAAGUACAAAAGGCUGGAAGAGAGAUAGUGAAGAUAAUGCUAAAUUGAAUUUGAAAAAGAUUAAAAAGGACCCCAAUGUUGAUACUAGCUUUUUACCAGACAGGGAGAGGGAGGAAGAGGAAAAUAAACUUCGAGAGGAGUUGAGACAGCAGUGGGCAGAACAACAGCAGAAACUUAAGGAGGAAGAAAUUGAUAUCACCUUCAGUUAUUGGGAUGGAUCAGGUCACCGGCGGACAGUACGUGUAAAAAAAGGAAAUUCCAUUUAUCAAUUUUUACAAAAGGUUUUGGAGCUCCUCAGGAAGGAAUUUUCAGAAUUAAAAACAGUAAUGGCAGAUCAGUUAAUGUAUGUCAAAGAAGAUUUAAUUCUACCUCAUCAUUAUACAUUUUAUGAUUUUAUAGUUACUAAGGCAAGGGGUAAGAGCGGGCCUCUAUUUCAAUUCGACGUGCACGAUGAUAUCAGAUUAGUCAGUGAUGCGUCAAUAGAAAAGGAAGAAUCACAUGCCGGGAAAGUUCUGUUAAGAAGUUGGUAUGAACGCAAUAAGCAUAUAUUUCCGGCAAGUCGAUGGGAACCCUAUGAUCCUACUAAAACCUAUGAUAAAUAUACAGUAUCAGAUAAAAACAAGAAAGUUUAGUAUAUGUAGAAUAAGUAAUUGUAUAAAUGUUAUUAGUAAAUUGUUUAUAAAAAU